AUGCUCACUCUUUUGACUAACAAUGCAGGAGUUGUGAGGCACUGCCUGUUACUGUUUUGGGCCACAAAAUCAAAUCAUCUCAGAGACAUUUGUAGUGAAGAAAUUGUUUAAUUAACUAAAAUAGAAAUUUGUCAUAAACAAGUGUUGUGGUUAUCCUGUAGGUUGUGGAGCCAUUAUCUCUACAUACUUCAAAAGCAAAUAUUGAGAAGCAAGUUGUUGGCAUUAGGACAUCUGCUUAUGUAGUCAAACAGUGAUUUGGCAGUUGCAGAUGGGCGUCCCUUGUUGCAAGGUGACAUUGUACGUGGCGAGCAGUUGCAACUCAGCAGGGUGUUGCUGUCUGGGGAAUCCCCAAAUCUGACUGCGAGACUGUGGCCGCAUGCUACCGUUAUCUAUGAUUACGAAGAAAGUCUAGCUAGGCAAACAAGAUCUACGAUUGAAGCAGCCAUUCAAAUGUGGAACAACUCUACAUGUCUUAAAUUCAACAGAAAACACUCUUUUGAUUCUAACUACCUUCUCUUUGUUGCUCAUGAAGGCUGUUGGUCAUACUUAGGCUUUCAAGGUGGUGAGCAGAAAGUCUCGGUGGGUCGUGGUUGUCGGCAUGUUGGCGUUGUUGCUCAUCAGAUUGGCCAUGCUAUUGGAUUUGGUCAUGAGGCUUUGCGUCCAGACAGAGACAGAUAUAUACGCAUUAUGAAGAACAAUAUCAAGACAGAUACCUUUCAGCAAUAUUUCAACAAGAACCCAAGUGGAUUAUCUAGUGACAAAUAUAACCUCACUUACGAUUUUGAGUCAAUCAUGCACUUCAAGAAUACAAGUUACAGCGGAGGUAGACGGAAAUUAUCUAUCAAAGUGCGGUAUCGUUGGAGAAAUGAAAUCCACAGUCUGGGACAGAGAGAGCGAUUGAGUCGAUUGGACAUUAGAAGAGCCAAUCUGUUGUAUUCAUGUCCAACAGAUGUGUCAGAGUGUGAUACCGGCAAGCUCAACUGUACAUUGAGGUGCGUGAGGAGUCAGGGCGGUGAAAAAUGCGUUUGUAAAGAUGGCUAUUACUGGUCAUGGGAUGAAAGGCAAUGCAAGAAAAUACCGGGAGAUGACUGCAAGAAACUGAAGUGUCAUAAAUGUCGAAUGGUUGAAUCGAAACCCGUUUGUAGCUGUCAUUUAGGAUAUGUAUUCAACGUUGUUACAAAAACAUGCAAAGAUGUAGACGAGUGUCACAACGGACAUCACUUGUGUCGACCUGACCAGAAAUGCAUCAACACACCAGGAAGAUACAAGUGCGGUUGCAAAGUAGGAUACGUUGAGAAGAACGGCGUCUGUGAAGAUGAAGAUGAAUGCUCUGUAAACCCCAACCUAUGUGAAGGACGUACGACUUGCGUCAAUAGAGAUGGAGGAUACGAUUGUAAGUGCCUGCGUGGUUAUGUGCUGCUAAAGAAUACUCAGUUUUGUGAAGAUGUGGACGAAUGCCAUACACCUAACAGGUGUAGUCCGUUACAGAUUUGUGUCAAUACUGUUGGAGAUUUUGAAUGUGAGUGCAAGAGGGGUUACUCUAAUACCUCUAACCCACAGGAAUGUGUUGACAUUGACGAAUGUAAGGUGAACAACGGCGGGUGUGCACAUGAUCAUAUGUGUAUCAACUCUCAAGGCGGCUUUACGUGUAAUUGCAGGGAAGGAUACACUAAAGAUCCCCAUUACUUUGGGAGAUGUUUGGAUAUGACUGAGUGUAAAGCUAACAGAAGCAUUUGUAGCAAAUCUGAACAAUGUGUCAAGGAUAAAGAAGGAUACAGAUGCAAAUGCUCUCAUGGGUAUGGACGACAUCCCAAAACCAGAGUGUGUGUGAAUGCUACAGUAUUGCGGCCAAGGUCGUGCAGGGAUAUCCAGAAAAUGGAGCUGGGUGAAGAGGACGGUGAGUAUCAACUUUAUCCAAAUCGUAAAUGUUCUGCAGCAAUUAGUAUUUAUUGUGCUGACAUGAAGGGAAGCGAACCUCUUUCUUACCUGACGUUACAUUCAACUAAUAACACGGCUACUGCCUGCUCUGGUGUACGGCCUGGAUGUCCAAGUAAAAAGAAAUGGAAACGAAAAUAUAAAACAGUCUCCAGUACGUUUAAACGCAUUCGAGUUCAUUUGCGGAAAACAUUGGUGUACGUGAUUAGGACAGAUACUCGAUUUACCAUUGGAAACAUGCCUGUGCCAUAUGCUACUGCAUCCAGUUGUGGAAACUGGUCGGCUGUGGAUCCGGGAGAAAGCUCGACAUUUCGUAUCGAUCUUCGAGGGACAGACUUACAUCUUGAUCGAGAACUUCAUUGGAUGAGUAUGAAUAACAGAAGUGAAGAUAUCAGAGUUAAUGUUUCCAGCAAUGGCUGGAUAGUCGACGGCAAUUGCAGUGGCAAUUGUAAUUAUUGUCAACCUCUUAGAAAACUGAGACUGACGCCUGAUAUGUGUUAGGGACGGCCAUAGACGGAAGACACUGCAGCGCAAUUCAAUGGAUAAAUAAUACGCUAGCAGACAAUAUGCCAUUGAGUUCCUGUGUGUCUAUCCUAGACUGUCAACACUGUGCAUUGUGGUGGAGUACAUGCUGGCAUAAAGAAUUAGUCUAAUCCAAUCUGUUGAGUUACUAGCCUACGUAUGCUUUCCACCAACCGCGUACAU